GCGCGUCGCAGAGCUCUGGCGAAGGCAGCCUACGGCGUCAGCUGCCGCUACGCACGCACUGCGCUCGGAGGCUUCCGCGCCUUGAAACUAAUGGCACGGCGUUAGAGUGUACUGGCUCUUUUUCGCUUUCAGAGUGCCGGCAGAGACGAUAUCGAGUAGAGCAAAUGAGCCCUUUACAUCAGCACUGCAACGCGGCUGCGACACCUGUUUAUUUCUGGUCUCCGUGACAACCGAGCCGGGGAUGGGGAAAGGCGCGUUGUGGUGCGGAAAGCUGUUGAUCGUGCUGUGCGCGUCCUUGCGAGGUGGUGCGCUCGGCGGAGCGUUGUCGAGUGACAGGAGCGACCAAGAUGAGCCCACAACUUGUGCCGGCGUCAGGUCCAUCUUCGAAGUGAACAACGUGUCAGUGGAGGUGCCAGACGCACCGAUAAGCGGCCGUGAGCUGACCGUGUGCGUGUCGGAGGCGUCGUGCUGCACGCUGGAGAUGGAGUCGGCGCUCCAGCGGCUGGUGCGGAGGGACUUCCAGGCGCUGCUGCACCACAACUCCAGGUCGCUGGAGGGCCUGCUCGUCUCCGCCGCCAACACCAUACGAGAGCACGUGGUGUGGCAGCUGCGGCAGUCAGAGGGCCGGACGCGCGACCUGCUGGCGCCGCUGCUGGGCCGGCUGGUCGCGACGUCCCGAGGCGACGACCCGCUGGUGGCGCUGUACGGGCGGCUGCUGGCGCGCCUGGAGGCGCCGCUCCUCCAGCUGCAGCAGGCCGCGCCGCUAGACGCCGCCCUGGAGGAGCUGCUGGCGCGCCUCUUCCCGCUGGCCUACGAGCGCGCGCUGGGCGGCGGCGGCGGCGCGCACCGCCUGGCGGCAGAGUACCGCGGCUGCCUGCGGAGGGCGGCACGGGAGCUGCGGCCGGUGGGGGAUGCGCCGCGCCGGCUGGCGGCGCCCCUGCAGCGCGCGUUGCGGGCGGCCGGCGUACUGCGGCAGGCGCUGCUGCUCGGCUCCCGCGUGCUCAGCCGCGCAGACUCGCUGCUCACCGGCCAGGGCGGACCCACAGGUGGGGCGGCGGCCGAGGCGCAGUGCCACGCGGCGCUGGUGCGCAUGUCGCACUGCUGGCGCUGCCGCGGCCUUCAGAUGCGCGUGCGCCCCUGCGCCGGGCUCUGCCUGAACGUGCUGCGCGGCUGCCUGACGCAGCGCGCCGCCGAGCUGGACCUGCCGUGGAACGGCUACGUCGAGGCCGCCGAGAGGCUGCUCGCCGCCGUCCAGGGCCGGGGAGCCGUCGACGACGCGCUGCGCUCGCUCGACGCUCGCAUCGCGGGGGCGGUCGCGGCCGCCGUCGAGCGGAGCGCCACUCUGCAGCAACAGGUGAAGAGAGUGUGCGGACCACACAUGUGGGACUAUGGUGUUACGGACGAGAACACUGCACACGAUGGCGUCCGUUCCAACGGCUCUGCGUUCCAGCAGAGCUUGGCUGCACCAGACAGUGAUGAGCUAUCGUCGAAGCUGGAGCCCUUCAUGGCGAGCCUAAGAAAGAGCCGCGGCUUCUAUGCCAACCUUGCCGAGUCGCUGUGUUCCGACGAGAGCUUCGCUGAGACCAGAGACACGGCCGACUGCUGGAACGGCGAGCGCGUCGGAGAGUACACAAAGACGGUCGUGGCAUCCAGUCUGAUCGCGCAGAAGUACAAUCCAGAGCUGGAGUGGGUUCCAGUCACGCCCGACUCGCGCAUUGCGGAGCUCAGCGACCAGCUGCGACACUUAAAGCAGGUGGUGGUCAGCCAGUUGACGGAAGCCCCCACGGCGCUGUCCCUCGUCCGCUACGUGGAGGGCAGCGGCGGCGACCGAGACCCCCGUGGCAGCUGGGACAGUGAGCCGGAGGACGGCUGGAGGGGAGAGGGCUCCGGCUCCGGAGAGAAGCCAGUCGUUGUUGGAGGUGAGACGAUGUCAACAGACAAUACUGUUUAUCCCUCUUCGGAUGAAGGAAGUGACAAACAAGGAACGAGUACUUCCAGUAACAGACUUCCAGUUAACACAGUGCAAGCUGUCUGCUGCGUUCUACUUACAAGUCAUAUCCUUUACGUAACCAGUAUGUGGUAAUCUGCACGAAGCCUUCCUUAAGCCAUGUGCUUCAAAUCUCUUUCCGAUUCUACAUGUUAAAGAGAGGUCAAAAACGACAUUAUGCCUAUGGAAAUCCAGUACAUAGAGCGAAUCACUCUGUGAUGACGUAAUUAAAAAGUUAUACAUUGCCCUCAAGUGGCAACUGUACCAAUCUUUUGUUGAAGAAUUUAAUCACUUUUGGAAAAGCUGUUGCCUUUGGAUGAGAAAAUGUCUAAUAGCAUCAUGAUACUUCAGAUGAUUCUAUGGCUCUUUGAGUAGCAGAUCGAAGUACAAAAGCCCAUGAUCUAGGAUCUCAUGUGUAAAGAAGGUGGUGUGCAUAUUGUUAAUAAAAAUUUCGUAAGCGUUA